AUGGCUUCUUCUGGUAACUCGGUCUCUCGCAUUCUUACUCACCCCAACGGGCAAACCACACACGUUGUAGUGGAUGAUUACACCGAUCCGUGGACAAAGCCCGAAACGAUUCUUUUACAAGGAGGCUUUGCUCGACAUUCUACGGUUUGGUAUCAUUGGGUGCCGUUGCUAGCCGGAAAAUACCGGGUCAUCAGACGUGACACCCGAGGACAUGGAAAAUCGUCCACUCCAAAGCCUGAUGAACAGUACGAAUAUACACUUGACACAAUACUGGGGGAAAUAGUGGACACAUUGGAUCAACUCGGUGUGGAAAAGGUACAUUUACUCGGAGAAAGCACUUCUGGGAUGCUCGGCGAAGCAUUUGCUGUGAAAUACUCAGAGCGACUGCAUACUUUAACAAUCUGCUCCAGUCCGCCUUACCUCCCUCCCGCAGCAUUGGAGCUCUUCGCCUUCGACCAUCCAAGUUGGCCGGAAGCCUGUCGCAAACUCGGAUCGCGAGGCUGGGGCGAACAUUUGGCUCGUGUACCAGGAACACUGGCCGCCUCAGGCUCGGCUUACGAGGAGUGGUGGUUAUCCCAGAUCGCUGUCAACUCCGGUGAGGGCCUGGCAGGAUAUGCCAAUUUUCUGUCCUCUUUGGAUAUACGACCAAUAUUAUCUCAGAUAUCGGUCCCGGUAUUGAUUCUUGCUCCAGCAAAUAGCGCAGCAACUCGUUUAGAAGACCAGCUUGCGAUCGCGAGGGAGAUACCACGGUCAAAAUUAGUAAUAAUCCAUGGGCGUGGGCAUGAAAUAUAUUCCGAUUGCGCAGAAGACUGCACCAAUGCCCUCUUGAAGUUUUUGUCUGAGUUUCACCGGGGACUAGACUAG